AAUUAAUCUAACCUACUUGUUCAUUAAUCAAGAGCCCUCUCUCUCUAUGCCACCAACACAACCCCUAGGGCCUGGGAGGCGCGUCUGCCCUUUAGCCACCACCAACGACCUCCGCCGGAGGCUUCACCGGCGACACCAUCACCCUUCACUCCAACUCGCGCGAAAUGCUGCUGCACCAGGGUCUCCACCUUCACUUCUCUAGUGCAUUCACGAGAGAGGCUGCACUGAUCCCCUUCAUGGCCGCGAGGUCCCGCUUGCUGGAGACCACCGUCAGCGAUUCCAGUCACCGCCAGCGUACACGCCAGCGCUCACUCGCCCUCAUCCUCGACUAUCCUCUUCCGCGAGUAAGAGAGGUGCACGAGGACUCUGAGGCUCGUCACCACCGUGCCCGCCACCGCGAUUGGGUCUACAACCAUCACGCGGCCACACUCCUCUGCUUAGAGCUCUGGACCACCGACGACCUCGCCGCCGGUGAAUGAUGAAGAAUGCGAAAAGGGGUUAACUGACGAUGGAAGGGUGCGUGACAGAGAUGAUUGGGCUAUGGUGGGUUGUGAACAAUAGUGAAAUAAAGAGAAUAGUGAUAUGUGUAUCUGGACCUCUAAAUGCAAGUUGAAACGGAGUCUUGAUGUUAAGGGAGAAUGAGGACGAGAUAAUGGUUGAGCUUUGGAUUGAUCACGGCGAACUGGUUUAGGUUAAGCGUGCACUAGUUUGGGUUUGGGAGAGAAAAGAACGGGAAUCGUGCGAUGAGUUCGUGGGAUGAGUUCGUGUUUAAACAUGCUUUUUUUUUCGUCACUCAAAUAACAGCAAGCAACAGAGCAGAGCAUAACCAGUUUAGAUCAUGAACAAAAAUAAGCAGCGAAAGAUAAGCAACGAGAUAAUGCAGUACAUCAUACCACAUUCAUAACACAACAAAUGCAACAUAUCAUGUCAUUCUUGCGCAAGUACUCAAUGCAUAAAUCUUACCUCUUGAAGCUCCUGGUUCUGUUGUUCUCCUAGCUUAUCCUCUCUUCUUUCUCACUUUGUUGCUCUGAAUAUGAAUUGGAUAUGAAUUGUAUUUGAAUUUUUUUUUUCUUC